AUGGCUUCUAAGGCUGCGGUUGAUUUCAGCAAGGUCCUUGCCUCGGGCCUUGGCAAGCAGACUGCCUCGGAGCUUGUGGCUUUCCGCAAGCGCAGUGAGGAGGCCAAGCGCCUUGUGACCCAGCUCAAGGCGCAGCCGACCACGGUCGACUUUGCUCACUACAAGAAGCUGCUGAAGAACCAGGACGUGGUCGCCACGGCUGAGAAGCUCAUUGCUGACUUCAAGCCCCAGACCUACGACAUCGGUGCUCAGACCAAGGCUCUUGAGUCCUUCGAGGCUUCGGCGGUUAAGCAGGCUGAGGAGAGCGCUACCAAGAUCGAGGCUGAGCUUAAGGACCUCAAGGAGACUCUCGGCAACAUCGAGGGUGCCCGUCCUUUCGACCAGCUCACCGUCACCGACGUGAUCAACGCUCGCCCCGAGAUCGCCAAGACCGUCGAGGAAAUGGUCAAGAAGGGCAAGUGGACCCUGCCUGGCUACGAGGAGAAGUUUGGCAGCCUCGCCAUGUCGUAA